ACCUACAGCACUUCCAUACUCUGCAUCUAUACCGACAGCAUCAUCUACUGCAGUCCCAUACUCCUCAUCUAUUCAGACAGCUUCAACACAGCUUCCUCCCUCCAUUGUAACUUCACAACCAGUUACACCUCAGACAACAGCUUCAGUACAUCCGUCCUCCAUUCCAUCUUCACAACUAGUUACACCUCAUACAACAGAAAAACCAUGUGAAAUGGUAAAUCUUAUGAGUGCUCCUGACCUUCUUCCUGAUUCAUACAUUACCGUUACAAGCAACCAAGAGAAUGCAUCUGAAAUAAGACAUUUACGUCAAGGUUGGGUUUCAGAUAAAAGGGAUUAUUUCCCUACAGUUCACAUUUUCCUCCCAAGUCAGUAUUUGAUAUUCGGUGCUCGUUUAAGCCUGUCAAUUAAAAAAAAUAUAAGAACAUUUGAUUUAUUUUUUGAAAGUGUAAAAGACAAACCUUCACAGACAUUUACAGCAGAUAGUGUUGUAGAUAUUCCAGCGAAGAUGCCUGAUGAAACAAUAAUGAUAUCUUUCACUAAAAACUUACCCUUUCGACCCAUUAGAGUAACUAUUAGUAUUCUUACUUGUUUACGGAAUGCAUCUAAUAUAAAGGAGUCACCAUAUGUACUAGAUUGUUACUUGACUGCAUCUGCAAUUGAAAAACAUGCAGGCUUCAGACCAGGAGAAACGUUGGGCUACAUUGAAAAAGAUGGUAUUAAAGGAGUUAGUCACAAAGAUGAAAUUGUUAUGUUAGGUGAUGCUAUUGAAAAUAAAGUUGUUUUCACCUCAGCCUGUAAUAACUGUACUUGUAUUAGCAGAGAAUUAAUCUGUACCCAAGAAGUUUGUGAUGGAUGUGUAUACAGCGUGUGGAGUGCAUGGGGAGACUGUUCCAAAACCUGUGAUAAUGGUCACCGUUCACGGGGAAGGCAAAGGACUGUGGGAAAAGGCACUGAACUAUGUGAUAAACCACUAACAGAGACUCAAGACUGCUCCACAACACCAUGCUAUGGUCCACCAACAUUUAAUCCCUGGCAAGGCUGGUCUGCUUGUUCCUCGUUCAACAACUGUACGGCAGGACUGAAACAACGAGAGCGUUCGUGCAAGACCAAUGUGAAGAAACCGGAGAAGUUUUGCAAAGGCCACAAGAUUGAAUUUCAGUCGUGUAUGCCCGAGAAUUACGAUGAAGAUGUUUGCAGAGAUUAUAAAGAAUGUGUCCAUCCUUUCAUUUGGGUCAAAUGCGCUACACGAUGUGAACAAACCUGCAUGUCUUACCAACUGAGGAAUAAGUCCUGCAGUGAUACAGAUGCCUGUCUGCCAGGAUGCAGCUGUCCCGAGGACCAUGUUCUUUAUUUUGGCUCUUGUGUUAAAAUUUCACAAUGUCCUUGUUACGAUUCAGAAGGAAAAGUUGUCCUGAAUAAUUUUGAAACUACAUAUUCCCCAAACUGUCAGAAAUGUGUAUGUAAAAUGGGAGAAAUAUCUUGUCAGUCAGUAUUAAAGGAUUGUUGUCACUACACUGAUUGGACAAGCUGGGGAUCAUGCAGUAAAUCAUGUGGCGCCGGAAAGCAAACAAGAUAUCGAAAACUGGUUUCAAGUAAUUCUAACUGUACAUCAGAGCAAAUGAAAGAAUCUCAGGACUGCAUCUUAGCCGCCUGUCCAUUUGAUUGUGUUCUGGAUGGUGCCGGUUACCAUGAAGGUAGUAUUAUAAGAGAAACAGUCUGUGAAGAAUGCCAGUGUCAUAACUUCAAAGAAGUAUGUUCCCCAAAAUUAACAACAAAUGUAAAUGGUGGCUGGUCACAUUGGUCUGAAUGGAGCACAUGCAGCAAAACCUGUGAAGGUGGGAAAAUGUGGAGAUUGAGGACAUGUUCAAAUCCUGUGCCACGUUGUAAUGGUAUAAAGUGUGUCGGAAAAUCUUUUGAAACUUCACUGUGCAACCAAAAUGUUGAAUGUUGUGCGUUAUCAGAAUGGACACAAUGGAGUGACUGUAGCAAGAGCUGCUCUCACGGAAUUGAACAGAGAAGAAGAAAAGUCUCAAACACACACCAUUGCAAAGGUCAAGAACUGGAGACAAGAUCAUGUUUAGCACCACCAUGUGAUGUAUUCUGUGGAAAUUGGGGUACGUGGUCACUGUGUGCUGGAGAAUGUGGAUAUGGAACACAGUUCAGAUUUCGGCGUAACAAGAAUAUUCCAUAUAAUGCGAAAUGUCAAAAGUUCCUGCAGGAUGAAAGACAUUGUAAAAUCGAAACUGAAUGUGUUUGUCCUCCUGAUACUGAAUAUACAAAGUGGUCUUUGUGUGAGAAAACCUGUGAAUCUCGUUUUGAACCAUUAAACGUAACAAACUGCGAAGUCUAUAAACCAGGUUGUGUCUGCAAAAAAGGACUUUCCAGAAAUAAAGAAGGAAUUUGUGUUAAAGAAUCGGCCUGUAAAUUAUGUACCACUUUGGAUGGCAUAACGAAGAAACCAGGAGAAAUGUGGACCAAAGCAAAUGACAGUUGUUUCCAGUGCCAAUGUUCUGGUGGGAAAAUUAUGUGCAAUAGAAUAUGUCAAAUUCCUACUUGUAGAGAAUAUGAAGAACUUCAUAGUGACAUUGACACAUGCUGUCCUACUUGUAGACCAAAGAAACAAGAUACAUGCAGAGUUAAAACGAAAGUAGACUACAUACGUGAUAACUUAGGAUACUGCCGGUCAAUUAGAAAGGUGCUAUUAACCUACUGUGGUGGCUCAUGCGGAGUCACUUCAACUUUACCUGUACUCUUCUCUCAAAAGAAACAUAAACUGACCUCGAAUUGCAAGUGUUGUCACGGUCAGAUAGAGAAAAUCAGGGCAGUUUCCUCAGUUUGCGGACCAAACAGAAAACGAACUCAACUGUAUUAUGCCAAAGUGUAUGAUUGUAAGUGCAAGAUUUGUCACUGAAACAAGAAAAAGAAAAUGAUUUUUGGGGGAUAAGAAGAAAACAAAUCUCUGAUAUGUAAAAUAUUUUAGACUUCAUCUUUAUUCCUCCAAAAUAUAAUUUAUCCAUUCCACCUCAUUUAUUGUGAUAUUUAUGUAAGAUAUUUGACGACAAUAAAAUAUUUAUCUUCACUAAA